CUUCAGUCAUUUGAUCACAUUGCACUGUAGAACUUUGAUUGAACCAAGUCAUACCAUUUUGUAAUUUGUGCGUUCCAUAAAUUAUUUUAAAUACAUAUUUUUUGUUUUUCGUAAAAAAAAAAGUAAAAUUAUUAAAAUGGAUUUAGAAAAAAAGACAAUUUUCAUCAUUUCUGGAGCUUCAAAAGGCAUCGGAAAAACAAUGGCAGUCGAAUGUUGUCGAUUAUUUAAGCCCAAUAGUUUGGCAAUUUUAUUUGCGCGUUCCAGAGAAGGUCUAGAACAAACACGCAAAGAAAUUCAAGCUGUAAAUGAGACCAUAACCGUAAAAAUCUAUUCCAUGGACUUGGAAGAGGCUACAUGUACAGACUAUCAUUUGAUAAUGGCCGAUGCCUUGACUGGCUUCAAAGUAAAAGAUUUUGAGCGCGCAUUUGUCAUACAUAAUGUUGGUUCUGUAGGAGAUGUUUCGAAAACUGCCAAAGAUCUAUCUGAUGUUGAUGAUUGGAAGAAGUAUUUUCAUUUAAAUGUCUUUGGAUUAUGUGUUCUAACUGCUGUGUUCAUGACAUGCUUUAAAGAUAUUGAAAAACUUGUUGUCAAUAUUACUUCUGGGACCGCUGUUAAACCAUACAACACAAUGGCACAGUAUUGUUCUGGGAAAGCUACUCGAGAAAUGUUCUUUAAAGUUUUGGCUACCGAAGAAAAGGAUACUACUGUGUUGAAUUAUUCACCAGGUCCUGUUGAUACAGAUUUCAUUUCGAACUUUCAAAAGGAAUCAAAGAACGAGGAGUUGAAUAAACAGUUUGAAAAAAUGAAACAAGAAAAGACAAUUUUGACUCCUGAGCUAACUACUAAAAAGUUUUUGCAAGUCCUGAAAGAGUUCAAAUUCAAGUCUGGUGAUCGCGUUGAUUAUUUUGAUGAAAUUCAUUAAUUAAUUACUUACAAAUGAUAAUUAUCAAAUAAUAGAAAAUUGAACAAAUGGAAAAAAUCUUAUUGUCAAAAGUAUUGUAUUUUUGUGUAGUCAUUCAGUUUGUCUAAUAAAAUGCCAUUAAUGUAGUAACAAGUAUAA